UUUAAAGCAGUACUGCGUCAGUUUAGUUAAUUUUAAUCUAAAUUUUAGUUCUUUUACUCAGUUCCGUGAAAACAACUGUUUGCCUGACUGGCAAAUGUAAUAGCUGGAAGAGAUGAAUGUGUGUCUACUGAGAUGCAUAUGGCACAGGCUGCGAAUACAGGAAGACGUCAGAAAGAGGCAAAAAACAUUCUGUGUCAGGAGGAAUCUCAACAAAAAAGGCCAUUCCAGCAUUUGACUAUCCUAGAAUCAAAAGACAAAGCGACAAAGUGUCUCCGUCAGCAACAGAGGCAGAUCCAGGGAGAGAUGAAGCAGCAGGUGAGGAGCAUUCAGCAGUCCCAGAAGCAGUUCCAAGGGAGCGUGCAGCAGCGUGCCGAAAUCAUCCAAGAGCAGCAGGAGCAGCUGCGAGAGGAGAUGCAUCAAUGGGCAGACAGCAUUCAGCACCAGCACAAGCAGCUCCUAGAAGUAGCACAGCAACAGGAGCAACUCAGAGAAGAGUUACAUCAGCGGGCAAAAAGCAUCCAAGAACAACAGGAGCAGUUGUUGGAACAAAUGAGGUACCGGGAUGAAAACUUACAGAAGCAACAAAAGCAACUUGAAGUAGAGCUGCACGGGCGAGCCCUUAGCAUCCAAAAACAGCAACAGCAAAUCCACCAAGAACUGCAGCAGCGGGCAGACAGCAUCCAACAGCACCAGAUGCAGCUACAGGAAGAAAUGUGGCAGCGGGCAAAAAAUAUUCAGCAGCAGCAGGAGCAACUUCAGGAAGAAAUGCAUCAACGAGUGGAAUGUAUCCACCAGCAGCAGGAGCAGCUGCAGAGCGACGUGCAGCAUCAGGAGCAGCUCAAACUAGAAAUGCAGCAGUGGGCAGAGAGCAUUCAGCAGCAGCAGCAGCAACUGUGGCUAGAGAUGGAGCAGCGGGCUAAAAGCAUUCAGCAGCAACAGAAGCAGCUUCAAGGCGAUAUGCAGAAGUGGGCAGAAACCAUUCAGCACCAGCAAAAGCAGCUGUGGGGAGAAAUGCAGCAACAGGUGGAAAACAUCCAACAGCAGCAGGAGCAACUGCAGGCAGAGAUGCAUCAUCAGACUAAGAGAAUCAAAAAUCCACUCGGAUGGGAGAUGCAUCCGGAAUUGAAGAAUAUCCGUCUGUCAGUACGCAAUAUCAAGGAAGUUUUUCAGCAUGAACUGCGAGAUAUAGAGGAUCAAGUCCGAAACAGAGAUAGACAUUUCAAGAAAGAGGUUGACGCAACCAGACAGCACCUUAGUGCCGAACUGGAUAGAAAGCUGGAGGAAAUGCUAAAGGAAAACUAG